AUGCCGGCCCAUAGACAGUUCUUCGCAAAUCUGGACGAAAUCUGCUCGGCUGCAUCAUUCGUCACUGACCGCCCCAAAGGUAGUCGCCACCCACGUGUGCCCGAGGCAAUCUACCCAGUGGAUUACGGCUUUCUCCAAAAUACGGCGGGAGGAGACGGGGAGGGCAUUGACGUUUUCUGCGGGAGUGCAAAGGACAGCGGAGUAGUCGGUGUCUUUUUGACGGCCGACGUAGGGAAGCGGGAUGUGGAAGUAAAGGUCAUCCUCAACUGUACCCAGAGCGAAAUCGCAGAGAUUCAACACCUGUUACAUGACGUUUUAAACAUUGGAGGCUGCCUGAUUCCGCGAUACCGGUCCCUCAAGCAUCAGGAUCAGCAUGGCCCUUAUAAUCACCCGGACCUCCCGGAAUCUCUCAAGGGCCACCCCCCCAACCCCAAGGGUCUCGUCCUUCACCACCAAAUCACACCAGUUUACCCUCCGGUUAUAGUCAUGACAUCACUGAGAGUCCUCAUCUGCGGAGCAGGCAUCGCCGGACCCGCGCUAGCCUUCUGGCUCAGCAAAAUCGGCUGCGCCGUCACGGUCAUCGAGCGCACAUCCACAGCCCGACAUGUGGGCCAGCAGAUUGAUAUCCGCGCUCAAGGCGUAACCGUGAUGCGAAGGAUGGGCAUCGAGGCCGCGGUGCGCGCCCGCGUUGUCGACGAGCGGGGUACGCAGAUUGUUGAUCGCAACGGCAAGCGCAAGGCCUUCUUCGCCGCCAACAAGUCAGGCAAAGGCAGGCAAACAAUAUCCUCAGAGUUUGAAAUUAUGCGUCGCGACCUAUCAGUUAUCCUUUUCGACAUUACCAAAGAUAAGACGAAAUAUGUCUAUGGCAUACGGGUUCAGUCUUUUGAGCAACUGGGCGGCGACAAGGGGGUGCAUGUGAAGUUCUCAGAUGGCACGGAAGACAUCUUCGACCUGGUAGUAGGCGCAGACGGUCAAAAUUCCGAGUUGCGAAAGUUGCUCCUUGGUCCUGAUACGCCAGACCCUUUUUAUCCAUCGGGCACGUUGAUGGCAUGGGUAACUAUUCCAUCAGUCGAAGGCGAUCCAGAUACUUUCACCGGCUGCAUCGCUCCAGGUCGGAGAGCAAUCGGGACCCGUGUCGGUCGACCUGGAUGUCAGCAACUGUACCUUAUGGCCGUGGCCGACGACCUACCGGAAGGCCAUCCGUUGAAAGCCACGUUGAGAAAUGGCAGCACUGUGGCGAGCCAAAAGAAGGCUUGGGCCGACUACUUCGAGGAUGCGGGUUGGGAGGCGUCCCGGUUCACCCGCGACAUGGUGUCGUCACCUUUGGCAGACGAUUGGCAUGCCUGCGAUGUUGGGCAGGUGAGGAUGGAUUCUUGGUUCAAAGGGAGGGUCGCCCUGGUCGGGGACGCCGGCUUUUGCCCCUCGCCAGCUACCGGCAUGGGAACCGCUUGUGCCUUUGUCGGGGCAUAUGUUCUGGCUGGAGAGAUUGCCCGAACCUGCGGUCUCACCGCCGAGGGAAAUGCCGACGACGUGGACGUCGAAAAGGCCCGUCAGCGUGUCCCGGCUGCCUUGCAAGCCUACGACCAGAGACUGAGGCCUUUUAUCACCAAGGUCCACAAACGAGCACACCGUGGAAAAUUGCCGAGCUCAGCGCUGGGAAUUUCCUUCUGGUACUUUGCUUUAAGCUGCAUCGAGACUCUCAAGCUCGACAAGAUCGCCAGUCGCAUGCUUCCAGACGAUGUUAUUGGGUGGAACCUACCUGAAUACCCCGAGCUUGGAACAAGCAGAUGA